AUGCAGUUAGGGUUGGAUGUUGAUGAUGAUGCGUCUAAGUUAGUUGCUUUAAAAGGGGGGCAGCUGCAUGGAAUUCAGCACAGCACCUAAACGCAACGCUCCAUCAUCAUCUCCAUCAUCAUCAUCAUCUCCAUCAUGAACGGCCACUGCAACUGCAAUUCGAGCGACGUCACCGCCGAGGAGUUCCACUGCAACAACGACCUGAGCGUCAAGAAGGCGGCGGCGCCGGCGGCGCACCGCAAGCUCCAAGAGGGCUCCCGCAAGGAGAAGGAGGACCAGUGUCGGCUGCCCACCCUGCAGGCCGCCUACACCAGCAUCCUGCGGGAGCUCGGCGAGGACGCCGACCGCCAGGGUCUCCUUCGCACGCCGUUGCGCGCCGCCCAGGCCAUGCAGUUCUUCACCAAGGGCUACCACGAAACCGUGGACGACGUGCUGAACGACGCCAUCUUCGACGAGGACCACAACGAGAUGGUGAUCGUGAAGGGCAUCGACAUGUUCUCCCUGUGCGAGCAUCACCUGGUGCCCUUCUUCGGCAAAGUCCACAUCGGGUAUAUUCCAGACAAGAAAGUGGUGGGGCUGAGCAAGCUGGCGAGGAUUGUGGAGAUCUUCAGUCGAAGGCUUCAAGUUCAAGAGCGUCUCACCAGGCAGAUUGCCACCGGGUUAUCCGAGGCCCUGCAGCCCAAAGGAGUUGCCGUGGUGAUUGAGGCAGCACACAUGUGCAUGGUGAUGCGCGGCGUGCAGAAGAUGAACAGCCGCACGGUGACCAGCUCCAUGUUGGGGGUCUACCUAGAAGACCCCAAAACCCGGGAGGAGUUCCUGACCCUCACCCAGCACUGAGAAGACCUCAAGGCGGAGCCGUAAACGCACAAACCAAAGAAAGUCACAAACCUAAGCCUGAAACUUUUCAGCGCCACAGCUUUGAUGAUUUGUAACGUCACUGUUAUUACCGGUGACCCCCUACAGCAAUAUACAAAUAUGUAAAAUUAUUAAAAUUGUGAUAAAUGUAUUCAUUAUAGUAUGUGAAAUUAUUUUGACUUUUACUACCCUGACGGGAAUUUUAUUGGUGCUUGUGCAAAAAGGUGCUGUUUAAACUUUAAACC